AUGGCUAAAGUUGUGGCAAAUCCAAGUGGUGUUUCUGAGUGCUGGAAAUAUUUUGGAGACAUGUUUCUUCAAAAAAGACAUAUUUUAGGAAAAUAUAAAUUUUGUAAGCUAUGCUUUGAGCAGGAGGAUAUGAUUUUAAAAGGAUUUGGCAAGUCCACAUCAACAGGCAAUUAUUUAAAUCAUUUACGUUCAGCACACAACAUUGACGCAAAAUCCGCUAACUACAAAAAAAAAUCCAUUAUGACGGAAAAUGCAUUGGGCACUACAAGCACAAAGACCGACAAGUUUCAAAAUGCUCGUCGCUUAGCGGAGAUGUGCUGUAUUGAUCUACUCCCGUUCACAGUAGUUGAACGCAGUGGAUUUCAAAAAUAUGCCAAACAUCUAAAUCCGAAAAUAUGUUUUCCAAGUGCAUACACUGUUUCAUCGACUGCAUUAAAUGAUGUAUAUAAUUUUUAUUUAGGAAAUAUUAAAGAUAUACUAAAUAAAUCACCAAAUUGUAUAUGUUUGGUAUUAGAUAUGUGGUCCGACAAACACAAGCAUUUGUCUUAUAUUAAUAUUAAAGUGCAUUAUUGCCAAAAUUUGAAAUUGGAGGUAAUAACACUAAAAACCGAAAUUUUCCCCCGACCACACACAGCAAAUGCCGUUGCAGAAAAAAUUGAGGAAUCUAUACAGGAAUUCAAUCUGAAUAAUAAAAAUAUAUGUUCUGUAACUGAUGGCGGAACAAAUAUUGUCGCAGCUUUAAAGUUAAAAAAAAUUCAACGAUUUGGUUGCUGCGCUCAUGCUUUACACCGUUUCAUCUCAAAUGACGUAUUAAAUAAUGAUGAAAUUAGAAGAUUACAAAACCUAGAAGAACAAGAUGGAUUGAUGCAAUUUAUUCUACAAGCUCAAAUAAUUCUAGAAGAACAGGAAAAAAUUGAGCAAUAUGAAUGUGGCGACGACGAUUUCUUCGAAAAAUCCAUCACAGUUCCAAAUCUUUCGACAUUAAAAAACUCUGUGCCUACAAGAUGGAAUUCACUUUUGGUAAUGCUCAAUAGUUUUGAACAAAAUAUCGAUAUGAUAAAUAUUGCUAUUUUGAAGCUCAAAAAAGAAAAUUUAAUAAUUCCAGAAAUGGAAAAGGAGAUUAUUAAAGAAGUAGUGAUAUUUUUAAAAAUAUUUGAAAAAGCCACUCAAUACCUGCAAGGCCAAAAAUACCCAACUAUAUCCAGAUGUAUAUAUUUUUACGAACAAAUAAUGAUUUUACUUGAAAAGGCCCAAGAAGAAUCCUGCUUCGAAUUGACAAUAAAAUUGUGCCAAUUUUCAGUAUAA